AUGAUCCGACCAGACUUUGUCGACGGUAUGAGUGUAAAUGCAUCGUAUUUAAAUGAAGGCGCGGUUUGUUACGGCACGGCUGUCGGCAAUAGCACGGCAAUUUAUCAUAGCAAGCAUGUUCGAAUGCGUGCGGUUGCGGAUAAACGUUUACUCGAGACAAAGUUGACCGUGAACAUGAUGUGCAGCUAUGAUGUGAUGAUGGUGGCAUGGAACACUGCCCUAAAGAAAAUGCGACCGUUGUGUACCUACAUGCACUAG